AUGUUUCGUCUCACGGCAUGGUUUGUGCGUAAGGCGUUCGAGAAAUCGUCCGACCAGCAGCUGUCGCUGGCGGAAAGAAUAAAACAGUGCGAAGAAAAACUGCAACAGGAAGAUGAGGAGAGCAAGGAGAUCAAAGCAGAAAUUGUCAAACAGGCGAUGGAACCAACGGAUUGCUUCCAAACGACAGGUACGAUAACCGAAGUGAAGGCGGACUAUUUCAUCAUCGACGGAAUCUACUUCGUGCCGAGGGCUAUGCUUAAAAAUACGGAAGCGGCCAAACACGUGGAAGAGAACACCAAGCUUCAGUUUCUUGCCAAUCGUAAAACGGAUCCGGUGUCGGGUGAAGUUUCCACCAAAGUGGUUAAAGUCCUUUCCGUAGUCGACAACGUCUGGAACCAUGGAGGUACGGGUACUGCUGCUGCGGCUGAAGAAGAAGAUUGGACACAACCGGCUGAUACAGCUUCCACCGUCACGUACUUCAAGAAGAAUCGACGCCGCGAACCAGGCACCGUGAUUGGGAAGGACCGUGACAUCCUAACCGUGGAAACGGAUGCCGGCGAUCCGAUUAGUGUGAACAUCGACAAAACAAGCAUGACGUUUGUACCGGCACUCGGCGACUACGUAACGCUCGCCUGCGUGGUACAGAUGGAUGGCAAGUUUGUCGACUUCAAGGGCGAAGUGCUGGAGGUGGAAUCCAUUGAACCGAGUCGCAUCGUCAACGGUACCGGUGUAAUUAUCGCCCUGGAGGAGGACGGUGGUGAGAUCCGCACUACAACGAACGGAACCGUUAUCUUCAUGGUGGAAACCCUCACCGAUUAUCGGCCGGGAAAAGGUGACCGGGUAGAAUUUCGAGCAGUAGAAAACAAGCACGUGCGAUUGCGCUGCAUCAACUUGAAGCUUCUUGCUGCCGGUGUAACGAAAACGCUCGAUAUAGCCACAUCACCAUCGCACCAAACGAACGAAACCGGUAGAGGAUCGGUUAGGAAUGGUUCCGACGAACGGGCUGGCAGCUUGUGGGCGGAUAAGCACGGUAUCAACAUUACCGGUGAUUUCGAUGUGACCCUGAAGGACGGACAGGAUCGGGAGCUGCGUAAGGUUGUGAUAAAAAAUGAAUCCCGGAAGCAGCACAAGAUACUGAAGAUGUUACCCCCGAGAAGUGAAGCGCCCCAGGUAUGUCUAAAGUCGCCGUUCGCACACACGCAGUCGUACCUCUUUCCGGGCGAAUCGGUUGAGUAUGAGUUUGAGAUAACGGGCGCAGGUCUGUUCGGGCGGAAUGAGGAAAGCUGCAUCUGGUGCUUCGGCGGAUCGUUCCGCAUCGGUCGCAUCUUUCGCAUUACGGUAGGGCAGGAGACAUCGAAUGGGAAGCUUCCGACGAUCAACACCAUCGGCAGCAAUGUUGGUGGCGGAUACAAUGGGAAGUCGUCAUACUGCAAGAAGCAGUUGGCAUUGCUAAAUAUGCGACGUGCCCCGGGGCCGGUCCUGAAUGGGCCGCGCAUCGGUAUGCGGGCGAACUUCAUCGCCAAUCCAAUGCCCUCCUACAACGUGCCGUCGGAGCUGUACGAUCUGAUCCUGACGUCACCGAGCCGUGCUGAGGUGUGCAAUGCGCUCGAGCGCCCGCCCUACUGCUUGAGCGAAGAGCUGUCCCCGAAGAACUACGCCCGCAUCAAGAAAACGCUCAUCCAUCUGGAGGAGAUCCGGCUACAGAUCGAGUUCCGCAAGCACGACCUCGAUCGGGCCCACUUUACGCCCGAGGAAAGCUUUCUCGCGCUGGAGGUAGCGAACAUUGCCGAGGCGCGGCCCUCCAUCCUGGUGGGUGACUGUGUGCGCGCCACAGCCCCCUGGACGAACGACUCCACCAUCUAUCAGGGCGUGAUACAUCGCGUACUGCACAGCCGCGUGCUGAUCAAGUUCGACCAAACGUUCCACUCGCGCUACAACGGGGAAAGCUACGCGAUACAGUUCACGUUCGGUCGCAGCUCGUUCCGCAAGCAGCAUCACGCCAUCAAGCGAAUGCAGCUGACCCAUGGGCUGGAGUAUUUGUUCCCGGAGCGGAUCAACGUGCAGGAGCCGGUGCUGAAUGUGCGGUUGAACGCGCGCGGCGAGUUGGUGCUGGAGGAGAGCAUGGAGGGAGAUUGUACCAAAGGGCGUGUGUUGCCGUGGUGCAACGCAGCACUGAACCGCUACCAGAAGCAGGCGAUCGUGAAUGUGUUGCGCGGAGAGGCACGUCCCAUGCCGCACAUCAUCUUCGGACCGCCGGGCACGGGCAAAACGGUCACUAUAGUGGAGCUGAUCCACCAGCUGAUAGCGAAUGUGCCGAGCGCGCGGCUCAUUGUCGUCACACCGUCGAACAGUGCGGCCUACCUGAUUACCGAGCGGCUGGCCCGGGGAGGCGUACUUGAGCCGGGCGAUUUUAUUCGGCUGGUCGCCAUGAGUCAGGUCGAGCGGGAAGCGGUUCCGGAGCAUCUGGCGCAGUACUGCGCAACGGUCGAUGUGGCCGAAGAGCGUAGCACGUUCGGCGAUGUGCUCGUGACCGAGUCAGGGCUGCGGAUGAAGUUCCAGGCGAAGCACAUUGGACGGCACCGUGUCACGAUUAGCACGUGCCUUGGUAUCGGUUCCCUGAUGAUGAUGCACUUCGAUCCGAACCACUUCACGCACGUCAUCGUGGAUGAGGCGGGUCAGGGGCUGGAACCGGAGGUACUCAUUCCCAUCUGCCAGGUAAGCCGGACGGUCGGGUCGGUUACGCUGGUUGGCGAUCCGAAGCAGCUCGGCCCGAUGGUUCAUUUUAACGAGGAACAGACUUGGACCAGCCACCUAUCGCUGCUGGAGCGGCUGCUCAGCCUGAGGCUGUACUCGAUCGAUCGGCAGCGUUUCACAGGCGAUACGGCCGGUUACGACCCCCGGCUGGUGACGCUGCUGCGCAUCAACUAUCGAUCGAUCCCCAACGUGCUGUCGCUGUACAACGAUAUGUUCUACGACAGUGCGCUCGAGCCGUACGUGAAGGAGGUCGUCGACGAAGACGUCCAGCUGCUCGUUGCUAUUCGGGACAUUCUAAAGCUUCCCAAGCCGUCCGACGGCUCGGAGGACACGCGCAAGGGAUUCUUCUUCUGUGGGAUCGACGGCACGAACAAACAGUCGCCGGACAGCCCGUCCUGGUUUAAUUCGGCCGAAGCGUGCAUGGUGCACAAGAUCGUCGAACGGCUGUACCGCGGGGGACGGUGUGGUCCGGCCGAUAUCGGCAUUAUCACACCGUACGUCAUGCAGGUGCGCAGCAUUCGGCGUACCUUCGAUGCGGCCAUGCUGGAACCGCCCAAGAUUGGCUCGGUGGAAGAAUUCCAGGGCCAGGAGCGCAAAGUGAUCAUCGUGUCGACGGUUCGCUCAUCCAGUGCUUAUCUCGCACACGAUUCCAACACCAAGAUUGGCUUUAUCUCGGCCCCCAAGCGCAUUAACGUAGCUCUGUCUCGCGCGAAAGUGGCGCUGAUAGUAAUCGGCAAUCCGAAGCUGCUGGCCACCGAUAAAACGUGGAUGCGUGUGCUACAACGAGCGCUGGACGAUGGCACUUACUGUGGGUGUACGCUCGGGUCGGCCAUUUUGCGAAACGUUUCAACGGCCACGCGGCGUGAGGGCAAUAAUUUACAGCGCCAGUAUGACGACGACGACGACGAAGACGAUGAGUAUCAGUACUAAAAAGGUAGACGGCAGGUGAACAAACGAUGUAACACUAUGGUGAUUCCAAUACGUUUUAAACUCGAGAGAAAAGCAACCAGGAGAUUUUGGACAGUGUUAGAAUUGAGUUGAAUUUUAAUUGAUCGUACUUUCAUUCUACAUGUCUCUUUAGUUUAAUGUGUUUGGUUCUUUGCUGAAAACCGCAAUUUUGUUGUAUGUAACAUAAGAUUUAUACUAUUGUUAAUUUCGAUUUGCUUUCAAGAAUUUCGCUUCACGCGGUUGAUCAGACCAGUUACCCCAUUUCCCAUGCACUCUUCGCUAUCGUAUUCCCUAACUGCUGUUCGGUUUUUCUUUAAUAGUGCUCAUUCUAGCGUGUUGGUUUAGGGACACGCGGAAAUACAUGAGGAGGAAAUUGUUGCAAAUAUAUCCGUAAUUUGUGUAAUGAACCUAAGCAACAAAGAGCUUACCAUCUUCUAAAAGAAAUGACACGUUGGACGAAAUAAAUAGUGGCAAUCCUGUAGAGAUUUAA